AUAUUUUAUAUUGAUGGAUAUAUGUUCAGAGGAAUGCAAGGUUAUGCUUUUGCAGAUGAUCCUCAUAUUUAUACUCCAUGUAUUUUUGUAUUAUUUUGUAUUAAGGCCUUAUUUGAGAAUUUUCUUUUUCAAACAAUUUGUUAUUAUGAUUCCAUUGAUGAUGACAAUUUCACAAUUUUUCCUCAAAAUUGAAUAUAUUUAGCCUGUUUUAUCAAUGAUUAUGUAUUUAUAUGGGUAUAUAUGUAGUUCAUGAAAAGAACGAGCAAGCAUUACAGGUAUGAAGAUAUUCUUUUCUACUUUUUAUAAGAUUCAGGGAUGAUUGAAUUAAAUACAGAGACCAGGUUCUCAAAAGUUAAAAAGUGUUCAUAUGUGCACCAGAUUGUGUGACAAAACCUAGUGCUGUCAACGAGUUCAGAAAUAUCACAAGUGUUAAGCUUAUUUUUCUCUUAAAUUAUUUAUUUCUUUUUGUAUGUGUCUUAGAUAAAUGUCACUGAAAGUUGAGUUGUGUUAUUGAAAAGAUGUGUACAUUUUGAAAAAAAAGUAUGUGCCAUGUUCCUGUGUCCAGUAACUUAUACAUACGAUCUGUUUCCUCUCACAAUCAGAGAAGAUCAUUAAAAAAUCGCCUCCCCUGAUUGAAAUCACUCAAAGAAGGGCUUCCUAGCAGGGUACACUCUACCGGUAAUAGUAAAAUCUUAAAUGUCUCGGAACCAAGGGAUCCAAACAACAGGCCCAUGAACACAAUCAUGAAUGAAUGAUUGCUCUGUAGAGAGGUUUUGGUUAGUAUUCCUUUUUGUCAAGUUAAGUACAAUGUAUAUGCAUCUACAGAAAAUACUAAGCUGUCGUUUAUCUUGGUCCAGACGGAGUUAUAAUUUCGGAAGGAAAGCAAGAUAGGUAGUUUGACAAUUGCAUGCUUGUUUUAUACAAGUUAGCAACUUAGCAUGUAGUUUCUUGUGAAAAUAAUAACAAAAACAAAAUGGCACUUUCUGCAAAGUUUUAAAGUGUAUCAAGCUAGUUUUUCAAUCGGAUGUUGUAUUAUCAUGGAUUCAUAUUAUACAGCUGCCUAGCAGAUGAUUAUAAUUUAUAAAGAUGUUUAUAACUGGAGAUCAUUUCCUGUAUUCAAAAUAUUGUUUUAUUGAUAUUUCCCUAUAUAUGGAAUUCCCUUUAUUCUUGAAAUUUUGUGGCAGCUCCAUAAAAUUUUACUCUAUAUCGUAUUUAACAACGUUUAGAUAGUAAUUUUUAUGAAAAAAACCUCUGUUUUUACAACACACACAAAUUGAGACUUGGUAUCAAAAUCAUGGACAUAAUAAAAAAAAAUUGAAGUAAAAGUUGUUUUAUGAGUAUAAGGUCGAGAUAUGGUUACAUGCUGUCACUAUUUGGAGAAUAUAAUCGUGAUAUCUGAUGGUUACAUUUCUAAUUUUACAGCUUUUGUUCAUAUUGGGAACUUUUCAUCGAUACACGGAGGAUUCACCUUCAUUGCAGGCAGAGAUCUUGCUUCAUCGGAAAGGAAUAAAGUUCUAACUGAAAGCCUCAAACAGUGUGUUUAAUGCACUAAGUGUAUUCUAUCAAUCAAUUCCAUGGAUAUUUACCCGGACUGUCCACACAGUCAUACUUGUUCCUCGAAAUGCUGGGAUUGUUGCCAAUUUUCAAAUGUCUAUCUCUUACAAUCUGGCUUUGUUUCUGGCACAAGAUGCUGCAUACACAUGUAUGCAUAGAUCUCAAUAUCCGGAUCCAAAAGAGAUGCAGAUCAACCUGACUGGCUUCCUUAACCCAAAGAAUGCCCGGACCUUUAUGCACGAAUUGUGGGAGCUCCUUUGCAGUGCGCAGGAGAACAUUGGAGGGAUUCCAGAAAAGUUCAUAGCACAGAAAAAGGAGGAAAUUAAAAAGAGACAAGCUGAAAAAGAACGAAUCCAGGCAAGUCUAAAGAAAAGUGAAGAACAGAUCAAGGAGGCACUGAUGAAGGAAAGAAAGGAGCAAGAUAACAAAGAAAAAGAAAGAUCUCCGUCACAUCGAAAAUCGAGGAGUGCCUCACCUAAACCAAGUAAAAGCAGCAGUGAUAAGAAUGAAUCUGAAAAUAAAGAUGUUGCCGAGCUGCAAGGUGGGAAGGAUUCGACAACAUCAGAGGCUAAAACACAUGAAAAUGGGGAGAAGGCAGAGAAUGAUGACAAAGAAAAAAAUGCUGCAAAUCAUAAGGAUGGUGACAAAGAAAAAGAUGUGGUUAAAGAUGAAACCAAGGAGGCAGAAAAGAAGAAGAAGUCGCGUAGCCCCAGUCCAAGUCGCAAGAGAAGGUCUAGGUCUAGAUCGGGGGAUCGGCAUCGGCGAAGGAAAUCUAGGUCAAGGUCAAAGAGGCGAUCACCAGGGAGGAAAAGGUCCAGAUCUCGAUCAAGACGUAGAUCACCUCGACGUUCAAGGCCAUCUCCUAGGCGUAGAUCAUCUCCAUAUCGCAGAAGGGGGUCAUCUCCAAGACGGCGGCGUUCACUAUCACCAAGACAUCGUAGAAGGCCUUCUCCACGAAGAUCACCUUCACCCAGACGUCGUUCUCCUCGAAGGCGUCCUCCUUCACCGAGGAGGGACAGGUCACCAAUUAGACGUCGCCGUUCACCAAGCCCAGACCGCAGGAAACGUGCCCCAAGUAACAGCUCUGGUUCUUCUAGUGGAUCAGAAGACUCAUCACCUCGAAAACCAUCUGGGAGACCAUCGUCUUCUCCAGGAAAAGGGGAUAGUAGUGCUGACAAUGCUGAUUCUCCUGGGAAGCAGGGAGUACAAAAAAGAAGAAAUUAUCGCACACAUGAUCAAGAUGCAAAAUCGGACACUUCCUCAUCUUCAGAUGACUCAUCAUCUGAGGAUGAAGCUCCAGCUGUGAGAGGCCAUGACCGUGAUGGGCCCCCCUCAUAUGGUCGUAAUAUGCGCAGAUCAAUGUCCAGAGAAAGAAGGCGCCCUUCACCUUAUUCCAGGAGGUUUUCUCCCCCAAGAAGACCAAGUCCAGGUCCCUGGUAUGGAGGCAGGAGGUCUCCACCUCGGUAUUCUCCACCUUGGCGACAGUACCGCCGGUCACCUUCACCACCUCAUCUAAGGAUGGACAGACGCAGAAUGGGUCACUCUCCCUCAAGAUCUCCGCCACCAUACCAGGGAAGGAGGAUGAGGUCACCACCAGGCAGAUUCAGUGACGAGAUGAACCGACGAAGAUUAUCUCCUCCUGAUCGUCGUCACCAAUACUCACCCUCUCCACCUCCUCAGCGUCGAAGAAGGAUGUCACCAGACUCUCCUCCUCCACGUCAGAGAAGGAUGCCACCAGACGAUUCGCCACUCCGCCGAAGGAGAAGAAAUGUAUCCAACUCCCCUGAGCCUACCAGAUGGCAUGCUGACAGGGAAGAUUCAUCAUCUUCACCUCCUAAGCUGAAGAAGGAGCGAUCCCCGCCACCGAGAGGAAGGAAAAGGUCACCUGAUUCACCCCCAAGAAAAAGAAAAGUUAUCCCCAAAAGAGAAAGAGUCUCUGAUUCAGAGUCUCCACCACCACUUCCCAGAGAACAACAGCAGUCUGAGUCUGAAUCAUCAUCUGGGUCACCGGAGCCUCCACCUCAGAGAAGGAAAGGCAAACCCACAAGGUCUGUCUCCGGGUCUCCUUCACCACAACGUGUGACACGAAAGAAGAUCUCACCAUCCCCACAGCAGAGGAAAGUCAGAGAGCAAGGGUCACCGCCACAAAGGAGACGUAAACAGGACUCUCCGCCGCCCAAACUUAGGAAGAGGGAUACAUCAGAGGAUUCUUCUUCCUCAUCAGAAGGUGAGGCAUCUUCCGAUUCCGCUCCUCCUCCCCCUCGACAAGCAAAGCGACCUCAGAAGUCUGCAUCACCUGGCCCUCGAAGGUCACCUGUUCCAAAAAGAAAGCAAAGAUCUCCGUCCCCUGAAAUACAACAAAGACGUAGACACUCCCCGCAACGUUCCUCUCCUGUCCGUUUUCAAAAGAAACGGCAGCAGAUGUCUCCCAGUCCUUCACCAUCACCUCCACCAAAGCGCCGUGACUCCCGUAUGAAAGACUCUCCUGAGAGAACCAGACAUGCAAGGCAGCAAUCUCCUGCUCAAAGAAGAAAGCAAUCUGGAUCUCCUGUCCGACAGAGAAGAAGACAAUCUGGCUCUCCACCUCCGCAAAAGAGGAGACAAUCGGAUUCUCCACCCGCACAAAGGAGAAGACCGUCUGUAUCGCCACCACCACAAAGGGGGAGGCCAUCUGCAUCUCCAGCUCAAAGGGGGAGACAAUCCGGCUCACCACCACCACCACGACAAAAGAGGAGACAACCAUCUGAUUCUCCUCCACCUCCUCGAAGGAAACGACAGUCUGAUUCCCCCUCCCCUCAAAGGAGAAGGGAUUCUGAAUCACCUCCCAUACAGAGAAGAAAAAGGUCAGAAUCUCCACCUCAAAGAAGGAGAAAACCAUCAAACUCACCUGCUCAACGAGGUAGACCAUCUCCCUCUCCUCCCUUUCAAAGAAGCAAACAGACCCGCUCUCCUCCUGCUGCCAGACGACAGAGGGAAUCACCAUCCCCUGAUGCUCCACGUCAGAGGAGGGGUAGGCCAUCCCCAAGUCCUGAGCCAGUACCUAGAGGUUGGGGAGAUGAGAGUAGGUCAGGUCAUGGAAGGGAGUACAGAGGUGAGGAUGUUCAAAGGACCAUUACUAUCAACCAAGGCAAGAGAGAGCGUGAUGGAGAAAUUUCUCCUGCACCUCAAUCCAACAGGGGUGGAGGCUUUAUGGAUGGUGAGGACAGUCUUAAGAGGAGGACUAAGGACAAGAGCCCAAUGUCAGGGAGUGACUUUGAGAUGUCAGAUGAUGCUGCAGGCAAAAAGAAAAAGAAGAAGGAAAAGAAAAAGCACAAGAAACACAAGAAGCACAAAAAACACAAGCACAAGAAAAAUAAGGAUGGGGAAAUUGAAGAGGGGGGAUCAGACAGCGAUGAGGAACCUGCCGAGCUGGAGGAGAGAAAGCUGAGAGAGCGAGCUCUACAGUCCAUGCAAAAAGCUAACUUAAAGGCAUCCGAGAUGUCAAGCUGAUCAUCAUGCCCAUUGGAAGAUGACGACAAUCUAGUGCAAUUGCUAUAGACUUAUUCAUACGUUUUCUUCGUACUGGAUUUCAUUUUUUUCAUAAGAAUAAAAAAAAUUAAAUAAAGCUAUUGAUCAUUAUACAUUUCAAGAUCAACGAAUGACAUACUGGUUCUUGAAAUGAAUCAUGUAAUAAAAAAAAAAUAACAUGUAUCAUUGUGCAGAUAUGCUUUUAGUUUUAAUUGUUACAUUUCAAUUCACCAUUUCCUGAUAAUUACAGGGUGGUGUUAAUGUAAAUCUAGAGUACGCUGGUGUAGCUUGCUUCAGAAUGUAGCCAGUUCUUUGUAAUUUGUGGAUCAUGAUUGAAAUUCACCAUUCAUCUUCAGAGAAAGACUGUACACUGGAAGCAUAUUCAAUAAUUACAUCAAAUGUAAAUCAUGCUUAAUUUUGUAUACAAAUUCAUGUAAAAAUAUGAUGUACAAAGUACUAUAUCUUAUUUGUAUCAAGCAGCGCACUUUUUGAGUUGUGCAGAGACUGUUGACUGUAUAUAUGAUAUAGUGCUGCUCCAUUUGAUAUCUUAUUAUUGUUAAUGAUAAUUUUGCCAUACUUUUUGUGGUGGCAACCUGAUAACAAAAUAAAAUGUGUGUGAACUUGA